AUGUAUAAGCUUGAAUUUCAGGGUGAGCAUAUGGGUUUCCUCCUCCUCGGCCCAUUAGUUGAUUAUAUCCCACAAUUGCUUGCAUUUCUUGCCUUGCACAAGCAGCCAAUCGCCGAUGAUUUCAAUGAUGAUGUAGCAGGCUUGCUGCAUGAUGCACGUGAUGCUUUUAGAGAAGGGCCGAAUGACGAGGCAAAAAAGAUGACAAAUGUUGUAUUUGCUGAUAUAUUAGAGCUUAUAAAGGAGGUGUUGCCUGAUGCAAAAUUACCUACAUCAUUUAAUGAAGCAAAGAGAGUUUUAAAAGUGUUAGGGUUGGAUUACACUAAGAUAGAUGCUUGCCCUAAUAAUUGCAUGUUGUAUUGGGUAGAGAACGCAAAUGAUACAACUGCCAUGUAUGUAAAACGCCAAGAUGGAAGUCAAAUGAUACAAAGAAUGACACAUAGCAUGAAAACAGAAAAAUCCAUAGGAUUCCUCAUAAGAUCCUUAGUGGACGGUCAAGCUUGGAAGGGCUUUGAUUCUAUGUAUCCAAAGUUUGCCGAGGAUCCCCGCAAUGUGAGGUUGGGGUUGGCCACAGAUGGAUUUAGCCCAUUCAACUGGAUCAAUGAGCAUAGUUCACAGUACAUGGCCGGUUAUAUUAAUCAAUUACAACUUACUCCAUGGAUGAUUAUGAAACCAGAGUUUUUGAUGUUAGCUUUACUUAUCCCCGGUCCUUCUCCCCCAGGUAAUGAUAUUGAUAUUUAUUUGCAGCCCCUAAUCAAGGAUCUCAAGGAUUUAUGGGAGUUGGGGCUAGAAACUUAUGAUUCUUCAAGUAAUCAAAGGUGUGAUAUGCGUGUAGCUUUGAUGACUACCAUAAGUGAUUUUCCAACUUAUGCGAUGCUUUCAGGAUGGUGUACAAAAGGAUAUUUGGCAUGCCCUUCAUGCCAUUAUGAAACCGAUUCUAAGUGGUUGCCUUUUAGUAAUAAGAACUUCUACAAGGCAACUCGUAGAUUUCUUGAUUCUACUCACCCUUGGCAUCACAAUAAGAUGAACUUUGACAUGAGAAGUGAGGAAAUAAGUGCACCUAUUCCAUUGAAAGGAACUGAUAUUGAGAAUAUGUUGCGUGAUUUUCCAAAUGAAUUUGGAAAGAAGCAAAAGAAAAAGAGGUGUGAUGAGGAUGAUCCAAACCUAUGGCGAAAGUUUCCCAUACUUUUUCAGUUGUCAUAUUGGAAGCAUUGUUCUAACCCACAUAAUCUCGAUACAAUGCAUAUUGAGAUAAAUGUGUUUGAGAAUGUCAUUGCGACAUUGUUAGACAUUCCCGGCAAGAGUAUAGACCACCUAAGUGCUCGUCGGGACUUGGUUGAAGAAAGAAAAAUCACAGGUUACAAGAGCCAUGAUGCUCAUUUUAUGAUGAAUUACUUGCUACCUAGUGAUGUGAAAACAACAUUGCCUAAAAAUGUUGCUAGCCCGUUGAUAAGACUUUGUGCUUUUUUCAAAGGCAUAUGGAACAAAGUUAUUGAUCCUGAAGAUCUUGGCAAACUCCAUUCAGAGAUAUUUGAAACACUCUGCCUAUUUGAAAAAAUCUUUCCUCCUGCCUUUUUUGACGUAAUGGUGCAUUUACCUUUACAUUUGGUGGACCAAAUUAAGUUGGGUGGACAUUUCAAUUCAAGGUGUAUGUAUGGAGUUGAGAGGAUGGCUGGUGUAUGGUUAUUGGUGCAUUUUGGUAGUCAUGAUUUUGAUGUUAGGGUAAAAGACAAUGAUUUGUGUCAUUUAAUGGGGUUAUUUGAGGAUUUUCUGGAGGAAUCAACAAAGCAGAAUGUGUACUUGCCUACUUUAUUUAGGGUGUUAGUUGAGAAUCCUAGGACUAAGAAGAAAAUAGAGUUGAGGACUGAUUCUGACUUGAUGAAAGUGUGGGUGUGGGGCUUAGGCAAGGAUACCAUUGAGGUAUAG